AUCGCAUUGAUAAACAAAGUCAAUUUACAGUAAGACAUCAUCAAGAUGGAUGCAAAUAAUGCAACAGACUGGCGCGAUGACAAAGCUUUGCCAGAUUGUAUGAUGUAUAUGCUACAGAACGAGAUCAUGUGUGACGUCACAUUGAGAGUAGGAGAUAAUAGAACUCCUAUUAAAGCACACAAGUAUAUGUUGUCUAGCCGAAGUGCCGUCUUCCAUACCAUGUUUGAGGGGUCUCUACCAGAAAAGGGGGAGAUAACCAUACCUGAUGUUGAUGAAGAUACCUUUCGACAUAUUCUUAAAUAUUUCUAUAGCGAUGUCAUCACAAUUACAAAUAACAAUGUGAAGGAAAUGUUGUACGCUGCUGACAAGUACAUGUUAGCUGCAGUUAAGAGAGAAUGCGAGACAGUUCUUAAACAAACGGCAAAAUCAGAGCAUGCAACCAAGGCUUUACAAACCGCAUACCAAUACCAUCUAUCAGAACUCCAAACAGAAAGCCUAGACUAUAUUGAGAUGAACACAAAGUCAUGCCUUCUGUCAGAACAUGCAGUGAGCCUUUCCAAAGAUUGCUUGGAGCUCAUUUUGAAAUCAGAUUAUCUAAACUGCACGGAAACAGACAUCUGUCAGUUUAUUUUUAAAUGGGGUAAACAUCAAUGCGACCUGGCAAAAUUAGAGCCCUCUGGUGGAAAUAUGCGAGAAGCCCUUGGAAAUAUUCUUUAUCUAAUCAGAUUCCCGAAUGUUGGGAUGGAAUUCUUUUCAAAAGAGGUCACUAGCUCUUGUUUACUUACAGAUGAUGAGAUGCUAUGUAUUUACAAGUCUCAUUUCGGUGUAGUGUCGAAAACCUUUUCAAGUUGUUUGAGAACUCCUGUAUCUAAGCGAAAAACAUAUUUAGUCAAUAGAUAUAGUCAGAUAACUGGGCCAAUGGGAACAUCGGGAAAGCAAUCUCUCAUUUUUCUCUCAGAUAAAGAUGUUUGGCUAAAAGGAGUUGUAAUUUUUCUUCCACAUGUUCAACCAGCAACAUACAACUAUGAUUGCUAUGACCAACAAGUAUACCAGGUUUGCAUAAACAUUAGCAUACGAAUAAUGGACGAUUCAAACGAGGAAAAGUUUCAUGAAACCCAACAAAUAAACUAUGGACCACAAUGCGGUCACAUUUGGCAGAUGAACUUUUCAAAACCUGUUCGUGUUCAUUCCAUGAGGGAUUACAUUAUUCAAAUGGACGAUAUUGGACUUCAGAUUUAUUAUGGUAGAGCCUGUAAAGAGUCUGUCACAGACCUGCAAUCUGGGGUGACUAUAAAGUUUAAGAAUUCUAAAGUAUCUGGUGAUGGAACUACCGUUAGUAUCGGACAAUUUGCAGGGCUUUCAUUUAGUGUUUAAAUUGCUUUUUUGAAAUUUCAGACAACAAUUUAACAAUUUAUUGAGUUAUCGGGGUUUCAAAUAAUUCAAUAAAAGAAGACUUGUCGUGUAAAGCAUCUAUCUUAAUUUCAUCUUUUUUCAGAUUUUCGGUCGGAGAUUCAAAAUAUGUACAGAAUUUAUCGUUUAUAAAAAUAUACAAAUUAAAAUUGAUAAAAGA